AUGCACGGCAUUGCUAUCCAAGUCAUUGAUUUGCUGAAACAACUCAUGAACAACUGGAGAACAGCCCUGCUAAUGCGAACAACGGGAGGCACCCAUGUAUCUGAAGAAAUAAAAAUCAACCGUGGAUUGUUUCAGGGUGAUACUUUAAGCCCCAUCUGGUUUUGCUUGGCCUUGAACCCUUUAAGCAAACUACUGAAUAAUACGCAGUACGGAUAUGUGAUUGACAAAAAGAGAGACAUACGAAUCAGUCAUCGCCUUUACAUAGAUGAUCUUAAAAUAUACGCUUCGAACUCAGAACAACAGAGAAGACAGCUUGAGAUCAUUGCCGCCUUCAGUGAUGCAAUUCGGAUGGAGAUGGGGGUCGACAAAUGUGCUACACUCGAAGUUAAGAGAGGAAAACUACAGGCUGGGCGUAGCACCACUUUGAUGAAUCACAACAGCAUAUCAGCAUUAGGAGAAGACGAAUCAUAUAAAUAUCUCGGAAUUAAUCAAGCUCUCGAAAUAAACACCUCCGAAAUGAAAGAGAUCUUCAGGCAAAAACUUUACAAGCGAGUGAAACUACUGCUGAAGUCUGGACUCAACUCAAAAUCAUUAUUCACUGCCAUCAACAUCUGGGCGAUACCAAGCUUAACUUAUUCCUUUGGAAUACUCACAUGGUCUGAAACUGACCUCCGAGAGAUCGAUAGAAAAAUAAGAAGCCUGCUAACAAGCAGCGGUAUUCACCACCCUCAUUCAUCUACCAUCAGAUUAUACCUACCCAGGAAGAACGGAGGAAGAGGCCUUCUGAAUUUGGAGACAACCCACGCAAAUAAUAUCAACGCCCUCAGAGCAUAUUUCAUGCAACUGAACUCACCUGUUGCCCUGGCCAUCCGUGAGGCUGACGAACGCAUCUCUGCACUGAAGCUUUCGGAUCCAGAUUAUCGGGCCACCACACAAUCACUGAGCGCGAUGAUAGAGGAAUGGAACAGCAAAGCUUUGCAUGGCAGGUACCCUAGUAAUCUGAAAAGUAAAGAAGUGGAUGAGUCAGAGUCUCUUACUUACCUCCGCGCUGGAUACUUGUUUCCUGAGACGGAAGGACGUUUACUGGCAAUCCAAGAUCAAGUAAUGCCAACUAGGAUGUACAUAAAACACAUAACCAAACAAGAUAUUCCAUCCGACCUCUGCAGAAGGUGCUCGCAGGCCCGUGAGUCUAUACAGCACAUAACUUCCUCUUGUUCUAUACUGGCGCCAAAAGACUACUUGGACAGGCACAAUGCCGUUGGUAAAAUUUAUCAUCAACAAAUAGCUCUCAAACUGGGGUUGAUCCGGAAGGAGGUCCAGCAGCAUCUGUACCAGCCAAAGCCAAUCCUGCAAAAUCAGCGCUUCAAACUCUAUUGGGACACAACAAUCAUCACGGAUAGAGGGUCAGCCCACAAUAGGCCUGAUAUCACGCUGUUCGACGCAGAAAGAGAAACAUGUCUGCUGCUGGACUUCACCAUACCAGCUGACGAGAACUUGGCCAGGGCUUACUCCGAGAAGAUAUCCAAGUACGGUGAUCUGGCCUACCAGAUCCGCGAAAUGUACCGACUGAAGUCCAUCAGCAUCCUUCCCAUGAUUAUUUCUGUUAAUGGACUGGUUGAAAACCACCUAUUAGAAAACACUGAAAGAUUGCAGUUGGGUCGCGAUAUCAAAUCCAGUGCCCAAAAACAGGUUAUCCUUGGAACUGUGAGGAUAGUGAGAAAGGUUCUGCAAGGACCAUAG